AACAUGUGGAGCGCCUUCACUCAUGUAUAGGAAAUUAUCAAAAACGUUCCGAUGGCAGCGUUUUCCUCUUCGACUCCUUCCUUUCCUUCACUGUUCUCCUCCGCUGCUCCUUCUCGCCCCAUGCGCUACUGCGCUAAUUGCUUCAGGCACCCCGCAUAUGAAUCCACUUCCACGGGAGGCUGUGGCUAUGGCUAUGCAUUUGACCUUUCUGCCACUUGCUUUCCGAAAUAUCUCCUAAAGCGAAGGUUCACCAAGACAAUCCAAAAAGCUAGUGCUGUCGCAGUUCCUUCCAUGGAAGAAAUCAAAGAGUACUUGCUUCCGACAUGGUCUGAUUUUGAACUUGGAAUGGCUCCUGUUUACUGGAAAACAACAAACGGUCUUCCUCCUGCUUCGGGAGAAAACUUAACACUGUUCUACAACGCUGCUGCUAAUAGUUUGAUUCCCAACGAUGACUAUGGGAUUGCAUUUAAUGGGGGAUUUAAUCAGCCAAUUAUGUGCAGUCGCGAGCCAAGAGUAAUGACAAGGAAAAAUCGUGGGAAAGCUGACAAUCCCAUAUUUACUAUAAAGAUUCGUGUUCCUAAGCAUGCUGUUUGCCUUAUUUUCUCAUUCACAAACGGAGUUGACUGGGAUGGCCCGUACAGACUGCAAUUUCAACUUUUGAAGAUGUGGAAGAACAGGCCAUUAAGCUUUUUUAAUGAGGGUUUGGCGGAAGAAUUGAGUGUAGACGGUGCUUGUGAGAGAGCAAUCUUUCCGGAUUCAAAUAAAGUAGUCUCAAGUUGUGAAAUUGGAAGCUUAUACUCUGAGGGGGGGGACCGCUGCAAACUGAACCUUGUGCCAGGAUGCAUGGAUCCAAGUUCUCCACUUUUCGAUCCUCUAGCAGACGUGGAUGAUGGGUCUUGCUCAUUGGACUCUGAUUCAGAAGAGGAAUGUAUUGCUAAAGCAGAUGAAGAUAUUGAUGGAUGUUUCAAAUAGUGUUUGCCAGCUCAUGGGUUAUUCAGUGUCGCAAAAUAGUGUAACUUGAUCAUGUUAUCCUGUGUCAUGCAUAAAGCCAUCUUGGAAUUUGCUGGAGCUUGUCAAUAGAUUGAGCGGGCUGCAUAAGCCAUCUUGGGAUCUGCAGGAGCUUUUUACAUUGGUAAAUUUUUUUGCAAGCCAGCUUUGACAAGAUACUCCAACGUACUUUGGUGCUUUUGACAUUGUUGGUCCAAAAUUGAUUUAGCAUGUAUAUGUAUAUAUCUUUUGAGAAAAAGAUAGCAUGUUAUUUAUUUUA